AUGUUCGCGUCGCGGUUCUUAUCCACUUUCGAGACACAGGUGGUGGGUUGGCAGAAGACGCUGGCCAACAUCAGCGAGACGACAAACCUCUUGGGCGAGGUACUGCGAACGUGGGAUUUCUUGGAGAACUUGUUCAUCCAUUCCGAAGAGGUGAAGAAGGAGUUGCCGGACGAGUCAGAGCGCUUCCUCGAAAUUGACGACGAUGUGAAGCAGCUACUCCGUCGAGGCUUUGAGGCCCGGUUUGCUAAAGUGUUUUGUGCCGACCCAAGCAUCUACCAGGUCUUGGAGAAGACGCAAACUCAACUCUCCAUGUGCGAGAAGGCGCUCAACGAAUUCAUGGAUGGCAAGCGUCAAGCAUUCCCGCGAUUCUACUUCAUGUCGUCGGCGAACCUGCUGGAUGUCCUCAGCAACGGGAACAACCCUGCACGGGUCGUGCCUCAGUUCCCAAAGUUCUUCAACGCCAUCGAAAAGUAUGACUUGGAGUACCCGGACGGUCCCGGCACCCGACCGGUCGCGACCGGCAUGCAUGCCUGCAUCGGUAAGGAGUUCGUCCCCUUUCCAGAACCGCUGCCCCUCAACGGGAAGGUCGAAGUGUACUUGGAGCGCUGCAUCGAGGCCUUCCGUGGAGCUCUCAAGCACUUUGCCAUCAGAGACCUGCGCAGCUAUGCAGAGCAUGAGUGUGAGGCAGACGGCGUUGCCCGUGGUAAGUGGUUGCUGGAAGUGAAGGCGGCGCAAGGUGCACUGCUGGUACAGCUCAUCACAUGGGUUCAGCUGGUCGAAGGCGCAUUUCAGGUUCCACCGGACCCCGACGAUGACGACGCCGAGGAAGUUGAGAUGAAGGUGACGGAGGCUUGGAAGAGACAGCAAGAACUCCUGCUCGACCUGAUCCGCCUGACGCAGACGGAUCUUACGAAGCCAGACAGGCAGAAGGUCAUGUGUGCCAUCACGCUGGACGCCCACAAUCGGGACGUUCAGGAGCGGUUGGUCAAGGACAAGGUCACUUCGGCCGACGCUUUCCAGUGGCAGAGCAUGCUGAAGUGCUACUGGGUUCCGGACCCGCCUGGCGAGGGCACGGCACAGAUGCAGAUCUGCGAUGCUCGCAUCUGGUAUGCUUACGAGUACCUGGGAAACGGGCCACGCCUGGUGGUGACACCGCUGACAGACCGCAUCUAUGUCACCGCCACGCAGGCCUUGCACCUCAACAUGGGCUGCGCACCCGCAGGGCCGGCGGGUACAGGCAAGACAGAGAGCACCAAGGAUCUGGCAAACGCUCUGGCACGUGCCUGCUAUGUGUGGAGCUCAGAUCGCAUCUUGCAAAUAGCUUUCGAAAGCCCCGGUAUAUCAUCGCAAUAA